ACAUUUUGAUGUUCUCUGAUCAACUGUUGCAAACCGUGUGUUCCGUAGAAGGGAAAAAAUGACACCGCGAGUGAGUAAUAAGUGUCGCGCGACUCCACACACGAGGAUCUCUCCUCUUUCUCUUCGGUUCGUGUUCUAUACGCACGGUCACCGGUUCGAUAGCGCUGUUCUGCUAUACCAAGUGUCGCGUGUCACGUGCGAUCACGUGUGCAUGCGAAACCGAAGUCGAAGGAGAACCGCGCCAGUUAGACGGUCGAUCUGGCUAGUAGUCUGUCUCUCCUCGUCGUCGAGCGCCGCGCGAGAUGACACUUUUCACCGUUCCUCGUGUCGUUCCCUUUACAGCUGCGCUUCAAGCGCGACUGGAUGGCGCGUGCCCGCGUGCAGAACCGUGUCUUUCGGUUUCGUUUGAUAUCUCGCUUGCUCUUUGCCCUGUUUGUCUUCUCCUUUGUUUCUUUUUCGUUCUGCGUUUAAGUAGUGGUGAGCAAACGUUUCUUUUUGGUUCUAUCGUGAACUCUGAUUAUCCGUGAGAUACGUGAUUAACUCACAGUGACCGAUUCUCUUUAUCUUGUCCUUAAGGGCGGUUCGGAUGCACAGCGACAACAAAGAAUAAUACAAGACAGAAAUAAUACAGAGGGUGAAUAAGAAGGGGGAGACUAUAAUGGAGGGAGUAACGCAAAUCGAUUUACACCGGGUAAAGAUCUUACGAAAGAAAAAUGUAUAUAUCUCUGUUACCGACCGAUGAAAACGGCCGAUGUAACGCGGAUGCUGAUUAUGUUUUUGCAGGAUAAAAAACGAUAUUUAGUCGAAUCAGGCAGCGAUUAAAGGGGCAAUUACGUAACUAGCAGAAUGACUAUAAGCAGAAAAGCGUUGAAAUCUAUAGUGGAUAAAAUUGGGGAGCUUUGACAUUCUGACCUAUGCCGUUAAGGCACGUAUCUCUCAUGUAGAUAAGUACCAAUCGAAUUGUUUCAAUGUGACGUACCUUCCUGGUAAAUAUUUGAGUUUUAUCCAGUGUUUGGUGAAGAAUAACUAGUAACAGCGAAUUCCAACGGCAUGAAAAAAUUAAAUAAUAAAAAUUAAUACUAUGGAACUACUAUCUUCAUAUUCUUCUUCGUUUACUCAUGCAGUUUCUAUUCUCCAAGAAUCCCGAACUUUUCAGCUGAAAUACUGUCUUGACGUUUCUCGAAGGAGCAAGGGAUAAAAAAGACGUUAUCGUCACGUUAUCGUCACGUGCUGGUGUUAGCUAAUAAGAAGCUAGAGUUAGAGGAUAAUGAAGAAAAUUGGCACGCGUCGCGCACGCGGUCCAAGUUUUACUCCAUUCUAAAAAAAAUCGUUCCGUUGGAAUUUAACUAGUUAAGAGACAAGUGUCGCGUUGCGAACAAUACACAACUGAUCGUAUUGUAUGCCCGGCUCGACCAUGAGGGACUGGUAAAAAUCAAUGACGCAUGGUUGGAAAUUAGACGCUGCAUCAUCGUCUAAACUUACUCUAUUUAAAGUAUUGUUUAUGAAAUUUUGAUGUAAAAUGAAUGUCAUUUGCUCUAUAUGUAGCGAUCAAUUAAUACAGUCUGAUAAUAUUUUCUAUACGAGAUGUGGACACGUAUUUCAUCUGCAUUGUUUAACGUCGUGGCUUGAAAGAUCAAAAAGCUGUCCACAAUGCAGAGAGAAAGUUACACAGAGUAAAAUUCAUAGGCUUUAUUUUACAUUUUCAAGCAAUGACCUGAUAGUUGAGACUCAAGGCUCGACAUUGCAAGAAAAAGUAGACAGAUUGAAAUUUCAAAUUUUGCUAAAGGAAAAGGACAUCCAAUAUUAUUCCUCAAAAAAUGUCACUUUAGAAAAACAAAACGCUGGCUUAAAGCAAGAAGUUCGAAAAGUAGAGAGUGAGAUUAACAAAAAAAACGCAGCCAUACAUGCUUUGAAGGAGCAGAUAAAUUAUUUCAAAGAACAGAGUUCUCACUGUGAUAAUCUAAAGAGAGAAAUUAGUCAGUUAAAAAAUAAGAUUGACGACCUUAGGCCAAUACAAGUAUUAUUACAUGCUCCUAUCAGUGAUGUUAGUAAAAUGGUUGGAAAAACUAAAGAUCCUGAAACACUUACUAUGUAUAUUUCUAUCAUGAAAAGAGAAUUAAUUACAAGAUUUAAUAAAUGUAAACAAUUACGCAUGAGUGUUAAAAAGCUCCAAGAAGAACUCUCUAAAGUUAAUACAAAAUCUGAUACCUCAUUAGAACGAAUGGACUUAGAAGAAAAGCUAGCAUUUUCAGAGAGCAGAAAUAUAGCAUUACAAAAACGAGUUAAUGAAUUAGAAGAGAUACUUGACAUCAAUGAGCAGAGUAAUAGUAAAUUAGACGUCCAAGUAGCAGAAGAUGUAAACAAUAUUUCUAUAAAAAAUCCAAUUGAAGAAACAUCAAAAAAACACAGUCAAGACAUUUCAAAUAAAAAUUCUAUAUUAAAUUGCACUACUAAACAAACAACUGAAAAGAUAUGCAAUGCUAAAACCAUACAACAAAAAAUACAGAAUUGUGAGGCAGAUAAUGAUACAAGUGAUUUGAAACUAGAUUUAAUAGAUUGGAACUCCGCCAAAAAUUAUUCAAUAGGGUCUAAGAGAUUUAAAUUAUCAGAAGAUGAUGUAAACGUUUCACAUACAAGUCAUAACGAUGAAUCCUCAAAUAGUUCUAUAUCAAAGAAAAGAAGAAAAAAUAAUACAAAAAAAAAGGUAUCUGACAUUGAAGACGAACACAAUAGUAGUGUGAUUGAUCUUACCUAAGGAGUUCCUAUAAGUACUGCAUAUUUUUUUAUAUAAAUCAUUAUUUAUAUUUUAAAAGUAUAUAUAGUAUUUUAUCAUUGUAAUUAAUGGACUUUUCCUGAGUUUUAGAAAAAUAAAAUAUUCUACUUUUA